AUGGAGCCGGAGCUGAGGAACCAACCUGUGGAGCUUCUCCUCAGAGUCACGGUGCUCGUGCUCUUCUCUUCAGUCUGUGCCGCUCAGAGACUGUGCACGGUUCCUCCCGGGCCUGUGACCGUGUCAGAGAACCUGACCCUGGACCAGCAGCUGGUUCAGAUCCUCAGUGGAGCUGAUGUGACUCUGACGCUCAGCGUGAACCCAGAGGAUCUGUUCUACCUGAAGGGAAACGUGCUGAUGGUGAAGAAGGGAAUCGACUACGAGUCCUUGUCCAGUACGACUCUGGUGGUGUGGGUUCAGUGCAGCGGAGCUGGAUCCACGUCUGUGAAUGAGUCUGUUGACGUUCUGGUGGAGAACGUGAACGACAAUCCUCCGAACUUUGAACAAAACCACUUCGUAAUAGAAGUGAAUGAGCUCACAGCCAUUAACUCCAGCGUGGCGCUGAUCGAGGCCUCAGACGUGGACUCGGAGCCGUUGUUCUAUCGUCUAGAAUCUGCAACAGUAAGAUCACAGCUCGACAAAUAUUUCCGUCUGGAAAACAUCAACUCUCCAAAGAUCCUUGUGAAAAGUCUCCUGGACCACGACGUGGUUCAGAAGAUCUCUCUGGUCCUACACGUCCAGGACACGUUCAACGGCUCGGCCUCCAACAAACCCUUCUUCACGUCCGUGGCCACCGUCACGGUUCACGUGAAGGACGUGGACAACCGUCCUCCGUGGUUUCAGCCGUGUCUCCGGACCAACGUGGGAAUCGCCAAACUGUGCGUGAGCAGCGGCUACAGAGGGAAGGUCAACCUGACGGAGAAGGAGGAGGGGCCGUUGGUUCUGGAGCCGGGGCCGGUGUUCGCCAGGGACGGAGACAAGAACCGGAGCGAGCAGAUCAGCUACAGGAUCCUGAGAGGAAACGAAGGAAACCUUUUCCAGAUUGAUGAAGACACAGGAAACAUCACCAUGACCAAAGCUGCUGACAUCGUCGGACCCAUAACUCUCACUGUUCUGGCGUCUCAGGUGACCAACAGGGACCAGUUUGCUGUGACCCAGGUGACCAUGGAGGUGAUGAAGAGGAGCAGGAACCCUCCUCGCUUUGAGAAGGAGCGAUAUGAAGGAUUCAUCUACAGCAACUCGGUCCCUGAGAGCAUGAUCCUCCGGGACCGCAGCACCAACCGGCCCUUCAGGGUCCGGGCCCGGGACGAGGACUUCGCCGCCGGUUUGAAUCCAGAUGUGAAGUAUGAGGUUCAGUACAGCAGCUACGUCAACGUGACGUCGGACGGCUUCAUGAUCCUGAAGAGAGUCGUGAAGACCGAGUCCUUCGCUCUUCAGCUCCGAGCAGUGGAUUCCACGACUGGAGAGUUUGGCACCGCGGCCGUCUCCGUUCAGGUGAUCCCAGCCGUGGCCACCCCGUCCCCCUCGAGCAUCGGCUACCGGCCGGGGGACAUGGCGCUGCUGGGGCUGGUGAUGGCGGCUCUGCUGGUGCUCUGCCUCAUUGUGAUUGGCUUCCUGAUCUCCCGCCUGUGGAAGGGGAACGGCAGCGUGGACCAGUUAUGUGAGUGCCUGGGCCCCUGUCUGAAGUCGGACCCCCCCCGGGCCGGGCACCGGGACUCCCUGCAGUUCACUAACGACGGGUUCCAGAGCGAGGCGGAGCAGAGCCGUGGGGGGGGCGCCAGGCGCUGGAGCAACAUCCUCCCCCGACGGAGCACCUUCCCCCAGGCGCAGGGGGGGCGGAGCCACCACUGCUCCUCCUGCGGCAUCCACACCAACCACGUCCCCAAGGGGAGCCCCUCGGUGGGGGGCCCCUCGGGGGGGCCGGGCCGGAGGGGCCGGGGGGACGGGGUCGAGUACGGAAAGAGGCUGCUCCUCAACCGGCAGAGGAGGAAGGAGGGGCAGAAGACGGUGUGGUUCAAGGAGAGCGAGGACUCGUCGGACAUCGAGGUGGAGAUCAUCCCGGACACCGUGGGCCGGGUGGAGGAGGAGACCGAGGAGCAGCUGGAGGGGGAGGGGGAGGAGGUGGAGGAGGUGGUCAGAGACCCGGCCGCCCCCCUGAGAGGCUCUGACCACGGGCAGGAGAACCAGAACACACGAGCCAGCGAGGAGCAGGACUACAACAGGUCUGAGUCCAGGGAGAAGCUUCACACCUCUGGGAACAGAGCGUGGAGAACCAGGACCUGA